AUGGCUGAGAUUAAUGUCAAGACUCACUAUCCCAAGUUGAAUUUGCAGACUGGCAAAGUUCAGGCAGCCGCAGCUUUGAAUGGGUGUACGGUGGAUAUUGCCCCGGAAUUCAUUAUGACUAAGAUAAAUAAGUCACCCGAGUUCUUACUUGACUUCCCACUAGGCAAGGUACCGGUAUUCAGAAGUGUUACCGGUCUGAGUCUCUUCGAAUCAGAUGCUAUUCUCGUUCAGCUGCUAGGCUCCUCCACUGAAUUUGCUGAUUAUGAGCUAUUCGAGCCGUUGCAAAAUAUGGUUCUAUGGUGUUAUGGCAUGGCAGGAUUUGAUGAAGCACUAGAAUUGAGGUCCUAUUCCCGGCUGGAAGUAUUUCUUAGUGUUCUGGAGGCACACCUUCAAGGCCGCGAAUUUGUGGCAUCAGGUGAUCUUAGUAUGGCUGAUCUUUCUGUUGCAGCGGCGAUGGUUUGGGGCUAUGGAUAG